ACUAAUAUUUUAUUUACGACGGUCUGGUUACCACGGUAGUUAUUUGAUGAAUCUGUUUUUCAAAACUUUUAUUGAUAUAUCUAAUAAAAAAAAUUAAAAUACACAUACGGUUACGACAUGGCUGACGUAAAUUUUAAUAGUGGUCCUGCCUACACGCUGGGCAAGCUGCUGCCGCGGAAAGAAACUUCACUCCGAGUGCCCGGCCCCAAGUACGACCUGAGCAACUUCACACGUCACGGACCGGUCAGAGUGAUAGGAGCCUCGCUGGCGUCCAAAUUAAAAGUACCGACUACGCGUACUCCCGGGCCGGCCGCGUACAAUACGGUUCCCUGCAUGUCCGCCACAUUGCCCACAAUACCAUUGUGUUUCAUAGGGACGAGACGGGACUGUCUGAAGAAAACCACACGCACGCCGGCGCCGAACGCUUACGCCUUGUCCACUACCAUCGGCAACCAAGCGCCCGACAUGCCGUCCGCGCCCAUGUACACGAUUUCCGGGCGGCCGGCCGAACCAGGACGCGGGGGCGUCGGCAGGCGGGGAGCGGCGUGGUACUCGUCACCGGGACCGGCGCGGUACUCGGCCGUCGAGCUGGACCGUUUCAAAAACCAGACGCCCCGGCCUGUGAUGCUCGGCAGCGUCAAUCAGCGGACGCGCGGAAAACGCACGCCCGCGCCCAACGCUUACUACCCCGCCACCGACACGGCGUCCCGUUACGCCAACGCGCCGCAGUUCUCCAUCGGCGGCCGUAUAACGACCCGUGCAAAUCCGUACUACACAGCCGCCGACAAGGUACCCGACUGGGAAUGAUGUACGCGCGCGUGCGGGUCGCUAUACGCCGACGCGUAUAGCGACCUAUAUUUUUUA